AAGUCUGAGACCAAGCUCAUCAAGAACAUGCAACGCCUGUAUGGAAAGCAUUUUGCGGUCAUCUUGGGUGAUUGGAGCGACGCCGGAAAAACCAUCCGCUUUCAGGAGUCAUCAAAGACCAAGGGAUUCCGCACACUCUUUGCAAGAAACAGCAUCCCAUGCUACUUGCUAGAUGAGUAUCAAACGUCUUCCGUGUGCCCAGACUGCCACGGGCGUGUGAUGAAAAACAUCCGACGCCGGCUGUCACCUCGGCCGUGGCAAGCUCGAAAGGGAAGAAUGGAAUUCGUCCAUGGAUUGGUGGGUUGCCCCAACCCCGAAUGUAUCAACCAAGACUGGACGCCAUUUGAGAUUCCUGGAAGACGACCACUCCGGAUGAGAGUGCACAAUCGGGACGUCCUAAGCACCAAGAAUUUCCUCUCGAUUGUGCGUUCGGCAGUGUUUGGCAAUGGCCGCAGACCAGACGCAUUCUCCCGUAACCGUAGGUAGUCUAGAAUCCUCACCCCAUCCCAUUUUCCCAGGUGGUUAUCUGCCAUCCACAUCAUUGUACCUCUGCCUGAGGCGUCGCCGAUGAUGGCAACUUGU